UUUGGGGCUGGAUGGAAAGGUGGAGUGGAGGAGAAACAGGGAGGUGCUGAGGGAGAAUAGAAAGACGCCCUUUAAAACAGAAUCCAACUGUUUUUGCAGCUCACUCUGGAGAUAAUCCCACCUGCGUGAGGAAUUCUGGACAAUGGCUUCCACCACCUCAGGUGAUGUUCUGCCAAAAGGCGGGAGUGUCUUCACCACCUUUCCCGACAUCUUCUUCAUCCCUGAGUUUGUCUUUGGAGGUUUGGUGUGGAUCCUUGUGGCAUCAACUCACGUUGAACCAGCCAACCCUUUGGGCUGGGUGAUGUUUGUAUCAGUCUUCUGCUUCGUCGGGACGACUCUGUGGUUCUUUAUCUUUGUCUGUGGAGGCAAUCAGAGCAGCGCUUGGCCUGCUGUGGAUGCAGGUUUUCAUUUCUUGGCAGUGGUUUUCUACCUGAGUGCAUCAGUGGAUUUAGCCUUCAUCACCUAUGUCAAUGGCAAGUUUUUGCCGGGAACCAGUGAUCUUAAAACCUACAGAUUGGAAAUUUCUGCUGUGGUGAUGUCACAUGUGGCCACUCUUCUCUACUUCCUCCACGCCAUUUUCUCUGCCAUCCGAUGGAAAAGGGCCUAAACAGACCAGUGACCCAGCGACACUUGAAGCACGAGGAGAAUGAAAGAUAAAUCACCAGAAAACUUCUUAUCUUAGUGAAUACAUGCUGAAAAAUGUUGUGAAAGUGGAGAACAAAUGGAAAACCCACAGGUCAUCUGAAGCGGAUCAUGAUGUCACUGUUUGUUGUUUCCUUGUUGUAACUAACAACAAUAAUUAGACAAAGUCAGGUGAACUUGUCAAAGUCGAAACUCAGAAACUGAAUAAUAAAAACUAAAACAACUCAACAAAAACAAAAAGAAUAAAACUUUUUAUACUACAGUGACUUAUCUAUUUACAUUACUUAGUCAAUUACAGAAAGACUAACUAUCAAAUUUCUGUCAAUUUGCGAUAUUAGGGAUAACAAUUAUUUUCUGUCGAGUUUCUUUUCCUUUUUUAAACAAACAAAUCACAAAUGAUUAUGUUUAUAUUCAGUUUGAACACAAAUGUCUUAUACUGUAUAUUUUCCCUUUGCUAUUUUUAAGUAUAUGUUUUAAAUAAUAUAAAAAAUACCUUUAAAUAUUUUAUUAUAAAUAAUUCAAUGAUUUCACAGUUUAGGUUUGAAUUCUUUGACACAAAAUAAAUUGAGUGAAUAUGCAAAAGUUUUUUUUUUCAAUUAAGAAUCCUGACUUCCACCAGUUUUUGUAACAUAAUUUUUGAACCAUGCAUUUAAAAGAACCGGUCUUCGAUUUAAUAAUGAUGUGAGUUAAAUUAGUUGGUACUCUUCCACAAUAAUCAAAGGUUGCAACUGGCUAAAAUGUUCCUGUUUUGUCUCAUUAAAUUUCUGUCUUACAGUUUAUUUUAUUUACUUUUUUUUGGACUUUCUUAGGUUUUCAUCCACGGAUUUCAUCCAUGAUUCAAAAUGCAAUAUUAUGUACAUGGUGCGACCAGAUUGUGAAUCACUUUGACCUUGAAGUUAGUUCAACUUAAUGAUUUUGGAUUGUUUCUUUGGUUCUUUUUUUUUUUACCAUCCAAACAAACCACCUGAUCAACCUGAGGUCACAUCUCUUCUUGUCUCCACAUCCUGGGAGGUUGACUACAGUCCCUUGAACCUUAUACUUUUAAUGAGAUCGGAUAAUUUGGUGAGAGGAUUGGACCAUGAAGCUGAUAAAGAUAGUCUUUAUCUUCUUUCCGAGGGGUGAACACAGCCAUGCCAAACAACCAUGUGGCUGACGCCAACAGUCUAGAUGGACAAGUCUUGAACAGAACAGAAUAGAAUAGUAUAGAAACAGUCUUUAUUGUCCCACACGGGGAAAUUCAGGUGUAAUAGCAGCAGCAGAUACACACAUCAAUCCACAAGUCUUCUGUUGUUCACAUCUUUAUUUAAUUUGUAAAUAAAAAAAGUUUCUGUGCCACUAUAGAGCCAUAAACCCCUCUAUUAAACUGGAAUGGACCACUCUGGAAGCUGGAGGGGGGCGAGGUAUGAAGCUCCUCAUUUGGAUUAAAAGAGACAUCAAAACGAGUUGAUCUGACACACCUCAGAAAAGGGGUGAAAGAGGGGCUUGUGGAGUUACAAUGAGGAGGAAUUCAGACCAAAGCAUUGCAGUUCCACUUUAUAUAGA